AUGUCAAACAACGGAAGACCAAUCAUUAGGAUCCUUAUACAGAAUUUUCUUAAUUCAUUUCGUCCACGUCAGAUAAAAGGAGAUUAUAAAGGUGAAGAUUAUUUGGGAAAUAAAUUUUAUGAAAUUAAAGCAGAUCCAUCAAGAGGCAAAAGAAAGACAUCAAGGUGGUACGAGCCUCCUGGAAAGCCUGAAUUGGAUUAUGGACAUGAACUUACAGCUGAAUGGGAGUCAUGGUUGAGAGGAAGAAGGCAAGAUCCACCGACUCAGGAAGAGCUACUGAAAAAUUUAGCCAUAAUGCAAAUGAAGAAAAAAAAUGCUGCAGCUUUAGAAGGAAAGUAUGAAAAGUCUCAAGAUCAUGCAUCAAUUAAACACGACGUAGCAACAGGAAGAGCAGCUUUCCCACGAUAUGAUGAAGAAUAUGAAAUAAUGCCUGGAUCAAAACCUAUUAAACAAAAGGACUAA